AGAGAGAGAGAGAGGCUGAGAAGGGAAACAAAGUAGACGACAACAAUUAAGAGAGAGAGAGAGAGAGAGAGAAAUAGGCUGAGAAGGAAAACAAAGGAGUACUCCCUCAUCUCCAUGUCCAUUAUGGAAGCCUCCCUAAUCUCCAUGUCUCCUCUUCUUUUGAGAAACCUUAUUACCUCACUCUUCAUCUUUGCAGACAAAUGCCUUGCUUUUUUUUCCCAGAAUUCUAAGGUUUUUGAAGGUUUGCGCUAUGUUAUCCUCUCAUCUUUUCUCUUCUUUCUUCGCAUCCUACCUUCUUUCUUUCCCAGUUUGGAUCCACCUGAGGAUAAGUACAAGAACGGUGAUAGAUAUGUUCCGGCCACCGUAGGCGGUGGAGGAGGUGGUGGUGGUGCGACAGGAUGCACCGGUGACUCGGGUAUUGCUAGAGCUCUUUCCCAACUGUUGUCGAUUGUUAAUGAUAUUCCGGUCAGCUCGAGAAAGUACGAGGUUGUCAGAUCAUUAGCCGAGAGAAUUAUUGAUGAGAAUUUAUCAGAGAAUGAUGAUGCAUUGAGAGAAGUUAAUCGCACCGUUCUAUCCGCGGCUUUUGCGCGCACCUUGAGCCAGCUUGAAGCCGCCAUGUUGGACCAAGGACGUGGUUUUGGUAGCUUUGCCAGUGUUAGGAAUGGUGAGCCUAUGAAUGGGACGGCUGAAGUCCAGUAUUAUUUUUUGUUGAGCCGUUUGAGGAGGGCAGUUAAAUACUGUAGUGACAGGGUGUGGCUUCGUGGCAGGUCAAGCGAUGAGCUGAACCGUUCGGCUAGCUCGGCUGAGAAACUUGCUGCUGAAUUACUAUGGCUGGCUCAGAAAAUGGCGGCCUGUGGGUCUAUUGAGGAAGCUGCUAGUCGGUGGGCUUCGGCUUCAAAUUUGGCUUGGCUUUCUCUGACGACUGAGCCACGGCUUCAGGGCUUCAUAGUCAAGAUUUCAGCAUUCCUGUUCACACAAGCCAAAGACAUGGGUACCAAAAAAGAUGAUGAAACCAAAAAAGAGCAAGACAGGCAGACCAAAUUGAAGAUGCUGUUACUGUGGAUACCGCUGCUUUGCCAAGCCAGCAUGGGCACAGAUGCACCAGUCCUGAGCAUAAAAGAAAGAGGUGAGCUAGAAAAAGUGCUGGAGGAUGUCAUAGAGGCAUUAGGCAAUCAAGAGGAUCAAGAGAAAGUAUUGUCUCUCUGGAUCCAUCACUUCACCUAUUGUCCAUCCUCUGACUGGCCUAACCUCCGCGAUUGCUACACUCGCUGGUGCAUUGCUUCUCGCAGACAAUUGCUCCGCUCCAACUCAUACAUCUGCUGCAUAUAAAGAAAUAGACUUUUUUUGUACGUAGCACCAUUUUCUUGUGGAUAAGGAAGGGCAGCUCCAGGUGAGGAGCUACCAGUCUACAUUGUUCCGUAGAAUAAGGAGGACGAAAACCGACUCGAGAAAUAAAGCACUUUUAUAGUAGAAAAAAAGAUGGCCCAUGAUGUAAAAUUUUCUUUUUGAAUAUUACUUGUAGUAAACAAUGUGAAUAUUUUAGCUUCGCGAUUGAAAGAUCUACUUGUUUAUGUUUCCA